AUGGCAGCCCACAUCGGCAGGAUCAACCUCCUCCCCACCGCCAGGUCCCUCCCCACCGGCGUCCCCCUCGCCCGCUCCAUCGCCCUCAACGUCGCAGCCCCCGCCGAUCCCCACCACGCCCACGCAGCCGGCCCUAGGCCCGACGUCCCCGCCGCCUGGGCCUUCAAGUCUGGCGCCCGAGGCCACCUCGGCAGGACCAACGCCCUCCCCACAACAUCCUCUUUCCAACAACGAUUCAUCUCCACCACCCGCUCCGUCCCUGCUGCCGCCGGCGCCUCCUCUGCUACCGGUGUCCCCGAUUUCAGCGAAUACCGUGCCAAGAACCCCAACACCACCAGGAAUGUCUCCUACUUUAUGGUCGGUGCCCUCGGUGCUUUGUCUGCCUCUGGUGCCAAGAGCACUGUUGUGGAUGUUCUGAGUAACAUGGCGGCUUCUGCGGAUGUGUUGGCUUUGGCCAAGAUCGAGGUUGAGAUGGGUUCUAUUCCUGAAGGCAAGAACCUCAUCGUCAAGUGGCGAGGAAAGCCAGUUUUCAUCCGACACCGAACUCCUGACGAGAUCGAAGAGGCCAACGGUAUCGACGUCAAGACUUUGCGUGAUCCCGAGACCGAUGAGCAGAGGACGCAACGACAGGAAUGGCUUGUCAUGCUUGGUGUCUGCACACAUUUGGGUUGUGUCCCUAUUGGUGAGGCUGGUGACUACGGAGGAUGGUUCUGCCCUUGUCACGGUUCCCACUACGACAUUUCCGGCCGAAUUCGACGAGGUCCUGCUCCUCUCAACCUCGAAAUCCCCGAGUACUCUUUCAACGACGACGACGAGAAGAUCCUCAUUGGUUAA